AUGGUGGAAGAGAUGCAAGAUUAUGAGCAAUUAAUUGAAGGUGCGUGGGGAUUGGAAGCUGAGGACUUAGCUUGGAAGACCCUUUGGAAAAUCAAAGUUCUACCUAAGGUUCUUCACCUAAUUUGGAAGGCUCUCUCUGGGUGCUUACCAACCAAAACACAGUUACAAUCCAAACAUAUUUUCGUGGGGCUGGAGUGUCCUUUUUGUAACAAUGCAGCAGAGACAAUUGAGCAUGUGUUAUUGUUCUGCAACUUCAGUACCUCCUGUUGGAUUCGGUCUGGGUGGGGAAGUGCACCAACACAGAAUGCCAGCUUUGUGGACUGGUUUACUGCUCUAGUCAGUCGGCAAAAACCAGAAAUAAUUGAGGAGGGAGUUAUGAUGUGUUGGUCUAUUUGGAAGACCCGCAACGAUGUCGUUUGGAACCAAAAAAACUGUUCUGCAGCUGAUGUAGUGUGUACCGCGAGAUUAAUUCUUGCUCAAUGGAAGUACGCUCAAUCAAGGAAAUUUGAUCCCCUUCAUGUGCCUGCUGGUACUUUUGAAGGAAGCGAGCGUUGGUCAAAACCGGAUGCAAAUAAGCUUAAGAUUAAUGUCAACGGGGCCGUGUUUGCUGCUGAAAAUGCUUAUGGUUCAGGUAUUGUUGUUCGUGAUGAUGGUGGACGGUUGAUUGAGGCUGUUGCAAGCUAUGUAAUUGGGGGUACUCAACCGGAAUUGGCCGAGAUAAUGGGGAUUAAGGAAGCACUCAGUUGGGUCAAGAGGAAAGGUAUUCAAGAUGUUGUCAUUGAAUCCGAUAGCCUACUUUCGAUCCAAGCGUUGGAAAGUUCUAUUCGAAUGCCUUCGGUGUUUGGUUUAAUGGUUGUUGAGUGUCAAACUCUUUUACUUUCUCUUGUCAAUGUUAAAAUUUGUUUUGUUAAGCGAUCUGCUAACAGAGUUGCACAUUGCAUUGCCCGCAACUCUUGUUUUUGGUCAGGUUGUAAUUUUGUAGAAGGGACAGCGCCUGCUGCUCUUCAAACUCUUAUUCUUGCCGAUUUGGCAGUUUAA